AUGGAAGUUGCAUUAGCUAGCGCUGCCGUAAGUGUUACCUUAAAAGUGGCCGCAUCUCCAGCCUUGAAGAAGCUGCUUGCUAAUGCUUCAAUGUACCUUGGAGUGGACAUGAUGCAUGAGCUCCAUGAACUGGAGACCACUAUCAUGCCGCAACUCGAGCUGGUGAUUGAAGCAGCAAACAAGGGAAACCACAGGCCCAAGUUGGACAAAUGGCUUCAGGAACUCAAAGAAGGCUUCUAUAUGGCUGAAGACUUGCUGGACAAGCAUGAAUACAACCUUCUCAAGCGCCAAGCAAAGGGCAAGGAUUCCUUAUCAGCCAAUGCUUUGUCCAUCAGCAGCACUUUUAUGAAGCCUGUGCGUGCUGCGUCGAACAGGCUGACCAAUUUGAGCUCUGAGAACAGAAAGCUAAUUCACCAGCUGAAUGAACUCAAGGCUACCCUGGCGAAAGCCAAGGAAUUUCGUGAGGUGCUCUGCUUACCAACUGGUUAUAAUGCAGAGAGCCCCGCCAUACCAUCAGCUGAUGUUCCUGAGACCACAUCAAUAUCACCUCUGAAAGUGAUUGGUCGUGACAAGGACCGCGAUCGUAUAAUAGAUAGACUCACCAAGACAACUGCUACUACUGAGUCUAGUACAGCCAUGCACUCGGGUUUGGCCAUUGUUGGAGCUGGAGGCAUGGGAAAGUCCACCUUGGCACAACUGGUUUACAAUGAUACAAGGGUUAAAGAUUAUUUUGAUGUGAGAAUGUGGGUAAGUAUCUCACGCAAACUUGAUGUCCGUCGUCAUACACGGGAGAUAAUCGAGUCUGCCUCUCAGCGGGAAUGCCCACGCAUUGAUAACCUUGAUACUCUACAACGUAUCUUGUCGGACAUACUGCAAGAAUCAGGGAGAUUCCUGCUUGUGUUGGAUGAUGUUUGGUUUGAACCUGGCAGUGAAAGGGAAUGGGAUCAGUUGUUAGCUCCUCUAGUCUCCCAGCAGAUGGGAAGCAAAGUUUUGGUAACUUCUCGACGGAGUACAUUUCCAACUGCUCUUUACUGUGCCGAAGUGUGUCCUUUGGAAAACAUGAAAGAUACUCACUUCUUGGCACUCUUCAAACACCAUGCUUUCUCUGGAACAGAAAUCAGAAAUCAUGCAAAACACGGAAGAUUGCGUGAAAAGUUGGAAAACUUUGCAGAGAAGAUUGCUAAAAGGCUUGGACAAUCUCCUUUGGCGGCCAAAGUUGUGGGUUCCCAGUUGAAAGGGAAAACCGAUAUAUCUGCAUGGAAGGAUGCUCUAACUUUAAUGAUUGACAAAUUAAGUGAACCUAUGACAGCACUGUUGUGGAGUUAUGAGAAGUUAGAUCCAUGUCUACAGAGGUGCUUCCUAUAUUGCAGCUUGUUUCCAAAAGGCCACAAGUAUUUAAUUGAUGAGUUGGUUCACCUUUGGAUGGCAGAGGGCCUUCUUGAUUCAUGCGAUCGAAACAAGAGAGUGGAAGAUAUUGGGACGGAUUGUUUCAAGGAGAUGAUUUCUGUUUCAUUUUUUCAACCUGGCAAAGAUCGCAAAUACUUUGUUAUGCAUGAUCUCCUUCAUGAUCUGGCAGAAUCACUCUCGAAAGAAGACUACUUCAGGCUGGACGAUGAUAAGGUGAUAGAAAUACCAUCCACAGUUCGGCAUCUAUCUGUCCGUGUUGAUAGUAUAAUGCAACACAAGCAAAGUAUCUGCAAACUACAUCAUUUACGCACUAUUAUCUGCAUAGACCCCCUAAUAGAUGAUGUAGGUGAACUUUUUAAUCAGAUACUACAGAAUUUGAAGAAUUUGCGCGUAUUAUUUUUGUCAUCUUACAGUAGUAGCAAGUUGCCAGAAUCUGUUGGUGAGUUGAAGCACCUUCGGUAUUUAAACAUCAUCAGAACACUGAUUUCUGAAUUGCCAAGAUCAUUGUGUACUCUUUACCACUUGCAGUUACUUCUGAUAAAUGAUAAAGUUGUGAGUUUGCCUGAGAAACUCUGUAAUUUAAGGAAGUUACGGCAUCUUGACUGGCAUGAUUAUAGAAUGUACGAUCCAAGGAGAAAAGCACUGCCUCAAAUUCCUAACAUUGGCAAGCUAACUUCACUUCAACUGUUUCAGAAAUUUUCUGUGCAAAAGAAAAUGGGAUAUGAAUUGCAACAGCUGAGGGAUAUGAACGAGAUUCGUGGCAGUUUAAGUGUCACAAAUCUUGAGAAUGUCACUGGGAAGGAUCAAGCCUUAGAAUCGAAGCUGAAUCAGAAAAGUCAUCUUGGCAGUUUGCGACUUGAAUGGUGUUGCCAGAAUAACACCAAUGCAGAGGAUAGUUUAUAUUUGGAGAUUUUAGAAGGCCUGAUACCGCCGUCUCAACUUGAGAAUCUUACAAUUGACGGUUACAAUUCUUCAAAAUAUCCAGGGUGGUUACUUGAUGGUUCGUAUUUUGAGAAUUUAAAAUCUUUGAGGUUUAAUAAUUGCAGUGCGUUACAAAGCCUGCCAUCCAACACUGAGCUAUUUGGGAAUUGCUCUUCACUUUUCCUCUUAAAUCUGCCAAACCUGAAGACAUUACCUUGUCUUCCACCGGGCCUUACGUGGUUAGGAAUAUCCAAUUGCCCACUGCUUAUAUUUGUUUCCAAUGAUGAGCUGGAACAUCAAGAGCAGAGAGAGAAUAUCAUGAGUAUAGACCACCUGGCGUCACAACUUGGUCUAAUCUGGGAGGUAGAUUCAGGAUCACAUAUUAGGAGUGUUCUCUCAUUGGAACAUUCAUUUCUGAAGCAGCUGAUGAUAUUGAUGCAUGCUGAUGUCUCACGUGUUCAUAACCUUGGAAGUGUCCUUGGAAGAGGGAAAAAGAAAGUAUUGGUAAAAGAGGAUAUCAUCAACGCAUGGAUACACUGUCACGAGCAGAUGAUGAGUCUCAUGCAUGGAAGUAGCAUUAGGCUGCCACUGGUUCCACCAUCGGGACUUCGUGGGCUUUCUCUUUCUUCAUGCAGUAUUACAGAUGAAGCUCUAGCUGUUUGCCUUGAUGGCCUAACUUCACUGAAAAGUUUGUCCUUGCAAAAAAUUAUGACUUUCACUACACUUCCUUCAGAAGAGGUCCUCCAACAUUUGACAAAACUUCACAGCUUGUGCAUUGUAAGUUGCUGGUGUCUCAGGUCAUUAGGGGGUUUACGAGCUGCUACCUCUCUUUCAGAUGUUAGCUUGAGUUCCUGCCCUUCUUUAGAGUUGGCACAUGGAGCAGAAUGUUUGCCAUUAUCCCUUGAGAAACUCAGUAUAAGGAAUUGCGUGCUUGCAGCUGACUUUUUCUGUGCUGACUGGCCACAUGUGAAUCGUAUUUUCAUAAGCAGUUGCAGAAGCACCACAUGCUUAUCAGUUGGUAGUCUCGCCUCUGUUGAAUCAUUCUCACUGUAUCACUUGCCAGAUUUAUGUACGCUCGAAGGAUUGUCUUCCCUCCAACUUCACCACGUACAUUUGAUUGAUGUUCCGAAACUCACCCCUGAGUGUGUCUCGCAAUUUCGAGUCCAGAAGUCACUCUAUGUUAGCAGUCCUGUAAUACUCAACAACGUGCUCUCGGCUGAAGGUUCCAUCGUUCCAGAAUUUCUCUCUCUUCAAGGAUGCAAGGAACCAUUUGUUUCGUUGGAAGAAUCUGCAAAUUUCACAUCAGUCAAGACCCUGAGAUUCUGUGGUUGUCUAAUGAUUUCCCUGCCAACAAAUCUGAAGUCCUUCUCCAAUCUGAACAAGCUCGACAUUUAUAGCUGCCCCAAGAUAUCAUCUUUAUCAGAUCUGCCAUCCUCCCUCCAGCACAUAAGUAUAUGGUAUUGUAGUGAGCUCUUGAAGGAGAACUGCCGAGCACCUGAUGGAGAAAGUUGGCCAAAGAUCGCGCAUAUCCGCUGGAAGGACUUAAAGUGA